AGAGAUUCAGGAGACUUUGGUGCGUCUGGACCACAUUUUUGCUUAGUCUCAGCUUUAGAGGGAAAAAAGGUCGAACUUUAAAACUUUCCCACAAGUUCCGUGAUACCCAAACCAAUUAAUAUUAUCGCUAAAAGUCAGUUACGAGUCGGUUUUUCCUUCUUUUGUUUUACCAGUGAAUUUCCCAGUGGUGUGUGUAGAAAACACUUAUGUGCAUCUGAAGCUUGCAAGAACAAAGGGAUAAAAAGUAUUCUUGGCAUUAGAAUUUGUAUGCUUCAGAAAGGACUAUAUCAUCUGUGCGAGAGUGUGUGAUAGAGCUUCUCUUAGUGGAUCAGUCGACGGCGUCACUCACGUGUGAGAUGAUUGCAUGACAAGAGAGGCAUCCGGAAAGACAUGGAUGGUGAAAAUCGCAUAAUUCUCAAUGUGGGUGGUAUCAGAUACGAAACGUACAAAGCUACACUGAAGAAAAUUCCAGCAACGAGGCUCUCCAGAUUGACAGAAGCCCUGGCAAAUUAUGAUCCCGUCCUCAACGAGUAUUUUUUCGACCGACAUCCGGGCGUUUUUGCACAGAUUCUCAAUUACUACAGAACUGGAAAACUUCAUUAUCCGACUGAUGUGUGUGGACCACUUUUCGAGGAGGAGCUGGAGUUCUGGGGUCUGGACUCAAAUCAGGUGGAACCGUGCUGCUGGUCCACCUACAGCAUCCACCGUGACACGCAAACUACUCUGGCGAUUAUCGACAAGUUGGACUUAGACAACGAAAAACCCACAGAAGAGCAGAUAGCUAGGCUGUUUGGCUUCGAGGAGGCGCUGGCACGUGGUGAAUUGAACUGCUGGCAGAAGUUGAAACCCAAAAUUUGGGCUCUGUUUGAUGAACCGUCGAGUUCCAUGGGCGCGAAAGUAAAGCCCAAUAAUGUUGUGGCAUGUAUUUCGGUGUUUUUCAUAUGUACAUCCGUCAUUGUGUUCUGCCUGAAAACACAUCCGGGCUUUAGAGUGGAGUCACUUCCUGUGGACUUCAUUGUGGCCAAUAGCACAACUGAAUUGGCCAAUACAACUGUGGCAUAUCAUGAAGAAACAACGACUGCAUCAACAAUGAGACCAGCAUCUCAGGCUAGCUUUGGAACAACGAAUUAUGGACGCUGGAAGAGACCCAGCAUGGUGAAAGACGGAUGGCAAGAUACUUACGGUCAACCCCAUUUGGCAUUUUUCUAUGUGGAGCUGGUGUGCAAUCUGUGGUUCAUUAUUGAAUUGGCCAUUCGAUUGGUGGUUUCGCCAAAUCUCUUUCAAUUCAUCAAAUCUCCUGUGAAUAUUAUCGAUCUGGCUGCCACACUCAGCUUCUACACGGAUGUUGUUCAGCAGAUGGGCGAACAACCAGGUCUCCUGGAGGCUUUUUCCAUCAUCCGAAUUCUACGACUCUUCAAACUCACACGGCACUCACCUGGCCUGCGGAUCCUUAUUCACACCUUUAAGGCCUCUGCCAAGGAGCUCACACUCCUAGUCUUCUUUCUAGUUCUCGGAAUCGUGGUGUUUGCUAGUCUUGUCUACUACGCUGAGAAAUUGCAAGAUAAUCCGGAUAAUCAAUUCAAGAGCAUUCCUCUCGGUCUAUGGUGGGCCAUAGUGACCAUGACCACUGUGGGCUAUGGUGAUAUUGUACCCAAGACGUACGUGGGAAUGUUUGUGGGUGCUCUAUGUGCUCUGGCCGGUGUAUUGACCAUAGCUCUUCCCGUUCCCGUCAUUGUUAGCAAUUUCUCCAUGUUCUACUCUCAUACUCAGGCACGAUCUAAAUUGCCAAAGCAGCGUCAGCGCGUUAUUCCUGUGGAACAACCCAGGCGCAAGAGGGAGACUGAAGUUUCAACGAUACGACACAAUGUCAACAGUAGUCUGAAGAACAGUCAACAUCCGCCGAAUGCCCACCUCAACAAUUUCAAAGAUGCCUUUGGUACGGCUAAAAUUGCAGUAAUUUCACCCUCUGUCGAUAACAAGUCUCGCCCGGUGAGAAAGGAUGAUUCCACCCAGGAGACUGAUAACCAUCGUGACACAAAGUACCGCCUUGAUUAUUUUUAAAGAAAAAAACACAAAAUAAAGUGAAGAAAAUUGCCAAACUAUAUAAAAUAAAACAUUCAAAAUUAAGAGAAAGAGUACCAAAAUAAAAUAUUGAAACCACUUAUCGACACUCUCUACCAAACUCGUAUACUUUUUGUGAUAAUAAAUUCUCUCUUUAAAAGUAGCUACAUAUAUCUUCCAAUAAAAUGAAAAACUGAAAACCUAUUUAAAUAAAGAGAGUUACCCAUUUUUUCUAGAUAGGUAAGUGAAUAAAUUUUCGUUUAAAUCAAUUGUACAUUUAUAAAAUCACUCUGAAAACUUCUGUGGCAGGUGAAGAAAAACUCCGCUUAUAACUGAAAAAGUUAAAAACGUUCUUUGACGAAUUCUACGGAAAAGGCAGUCGAAUACCUGUACCCAUUUUUAAUAUGAAAAUGUGUUUUAUUCAGAUAAGCAUAUAGCUACCGGUUUCUCGAGCAAUGCUUAAGAUAUCUUAUCAGUAUAACUCUAAAAACGUAAAUGAAUUUAGAGGCUAGAUUAUAGUGUCGCUUCCUAAGUCCUAUACUGUUAAAGUUACUGGUUUACUUGUUAAAAGUUUCUUGCUUAAUAAGAGUUACUCAAAAACAUGCCGUUAAAUAGAAAUAGUUGCAUUUUUUUAAAGAAUUAGAAUUUUUCAAGAAAAUUUAGGCUUUUACACAAUUAGAUCGGUACUGUAAUUUCUGUUUUUUCUUACUUACGACAUUGGAUCCUUCAUAAUCAUACACAUUCUUUUGGAAGAGAAUUUGUUAUAAAUCAGUAUAUCUGUUUCAACGUGAAUUACAUAAAAAAUAGAGUACGACGAGUCUACCGGUCAUAAAAAAUAUUUUUUUAUAACAGACAGACAUAAAAAAGACAUUUUUCAAAUUACUGAUUAUAAUCACUCAUUAUAGCAACAAGUAACCAAUUUGAGUUUUUUUUAUCUGUUUGAAAAAUUGUUAAUAUCCAUCCACUGGAACUGAUAUUCAUUACAGAACAUUGUAUUCACCACAGUCCAAUCUUGACCAAAAAUUUUUCUUGAUUAAAAAAAUUUCUAAUUUUUUUUUCGAAAUAUUGAUUAAAAAAGAACGAACAAAACGUAUUUAGAAAAUUUGAUUUUAUUAAAAUUUUUGUAGUUGCUUUAUAGAUUUCUAUAUAACUUGCCCAAUAAUUUUUUCCAGAGUCAAAAUCAAAUUUAUUCUCUGAUUUCUCAAAAAAGUUUCAAUUAAAUUAGAUUGUGUUUCUUUUAUUAGAUUUAUAGCUCUAAAUUUUGAGAAGUAAAUUAAUUUAAUUUUGCGCACUAUGAGUUGAGAAAUGGAGAACUGAUCCCUGGCAAAAUCUUAUCUUAGCAGGACAUCUCCAAUAACAGCCAAUUGGGCUUGAUCAAUGUAAAUUGACUACAUUUAUUAGCAAUUUUAUGUAUAACCGAUUUAAAAUUUAAAAGUUUAGCUGUUGUGACUUAACGAUCGGAGAUCGUUUUUGAAAAAACUACCUAUGGUGGACACGCGAUUUCUUAAGGUGGGUUCGUCUGAGUCUAUAAUGUAAAAAAAACUAAAUAUUUUCCAUUAGCAAGAAAAUAAUAAGAAUAAUAAGAAUAAUAAGAGAAUUUUUGAAAAAACUGAAUUUGGAUUUUUGGACGAAUUUGAAAUAAAAAGUAUAAUUUUCUGUGUAUGUUCCAUCACGUUUCGUUUUGCAAAAUAAUUUCAGAUUCUCAGAUGAAGCACUAAACAAUCUUUGCGAUAAGAAACAUGCAGAAUUUCAAUAAUAUCGAUGCAUUAUUUUUCAAAAUAUCUUGUCUUCCAAUUUCAAAACGUUGUUUUGAGAAGGAAGUGAUCAAAGUUGAUGCUUCCCACUUUCUGAGCUUAGAGGCAGAAAUUUCCACUCCUAGAAUUUUAUUCCAAAUGUCUUGAAACUUUGAGAAAAUAUUUUUAGCGAAUUAAAUUAUUUUACAAAAAAAAUUGUAAUACUCAUGUAACUUCUUAAAUUCAUAUUUCGUGUAUUUAAUGGUCGCUUCAAAUAUAUUGAAACAUUCAAUUUCUAAUAACACAAAGUCAACUUUAGUCUGCUUUUUGUAAUUAUCAAGAGGAUGCUAUCAGUAGGAUUGAAUAAAAUUCACAAACUCAUAUUGAGAAGAACUCUGUGAAUUUAUCUGUCAUUGGAAGUUUUGAGAGUGAUGACAAACUUUUAAAUGUAAUUUCAUUAAUUAAGAAAAGUUAGAAAGAAUGCGAAAAUCUUAUUAUAGAAAAUUCAAUAAAUGAAAAAUAUUUUCAAAAAAAAUACCAGACAUUCUAUUUUAUUAUUUACUCUCAUUUUGUAUUUAAGGUAAAUUAUGAAUGUAUGUAUAAAAUUACAUGAAUACUUGUCCAAACUGUGAUUCAUCUAGAAAAAGAGAUUUAAUCUUCUCAUGAGAAAGAAAAUAUAGUAUAAGGGAAAUAAAUAGCAAAA